GCUUGAGUUAAACUGUCGUGUUGUACAUUUUCAAUAGCGAACAGUGGUCGUGAUUGCCAGUGUCGAUUUGUCCAGUGUACAUUCGGCCCAUCUGUAUGGUCUGGCGUGAUCAAGAUUACCGAAAAAAUGGAACCCUCCUUCGAACCUGUCCACAUCUCUUUUCCCCUUCCAAAGCAUCCACAUCUAAAUUUCCAUGCUCAUUUGACCUGUUAUGGGAACUGUACAAUGGUACACCUGACGACUACGGAUAUCGGCGAGCCAGAGGGCUCGGUGCCGCCGUUGGGAAGCUUCGUGUAUGCGAUGCCUGAUAUGAGGAACGACCGCAGUGUAAUCAGCACUGCUCUGUCCACAUCAGGCUCUAGCAUCGACUACGCAACUCGAAUGGCCAAGAUCCUCGCCCGGAAAAUGAGACAACCGGUUUAUGUGGGAUGUAGCAUGAACUUCGCUGGUACCACUCCAGAGGAAGAAAUGGAAGGGCUCACUGUUGCUGUCGAGCAGAUCAUGCAGAGGUGGAACCAAAAGGAACCAUAAACACCAUCUGACCACCGCUGUCUAGGAUCGAGCUCCCUUGGAUCCAGACUUUUUUUCAUCGUGGAGAAGACCAUCCUCCCGCCACAAAAGCGAGUUGGACACAAACAAAAUCGGUGUUCUUUCCAGACCUCCAGACCACACGCUAAUCGGGCAAGAUCAGCCACUCAAUGCAUACCUAGGCAACAAUGCAAUACAUGUGAUACUGGCGUCAUCUCUGCUGUCGUCCGACCGAUAUGGUAUUUCGGCAGACCAUGCCGCUCGCCAGAAAACACGCCGCGGUGUUCGGCUUGGAUCUGCGAUGCAACAGGGACCUUCACAUCUUACCACCACAACGGCUUGGUCGAGAAGGCUUCUAAGCUCGGCAACUUUACCCAGGCCUUCGGCAAAUGAAGGAAUCAUGGUUCCAAUCGAACAGGGACGACAGAAAAUCCCAUAUUCUGUAUGACUUUCCGAUUCACUGCCUUUGGCAUAGGGUAAACUCUAUCGCAAAGAAGGGGGGAAGUCUUUUCUCCACGGUCUCCCAUUCAAGGUUUUGCAAGACAAGAAUAGCCCCGAGACGGCAGCCAUCCUGGCAACUGAGGCUGGAAUUCGGCUCGCAGCUGGGACAAUUCGACAUGCUGCCCUGUUUCGAGACCAAGCAACUUGAAGCUUAUUUAUCCCACAGAGUAUCCAUCGCUGUAGGAGACGGCUAUUGACGUGCCAGUAUUGCUCGCCAAGCCACCAGACAGCAGUCUUGACGUCCGGCAAAAGGUAGCUAGAGUCUUGACGUAAAGGUCGGUAUCGAAUGAUAGUGGACCGUUAACCAGGGCCUUGACGCAUCAUGGGAUGUGGCAACAGCCGACCGGCUCGUUCUGGACUGAUGACCAAAGCAGUCGGACCCUGUCGUUUGGGCCUCUCGGGGCUCAAUCUCCAACCAGCAAAUGGUAGCAGAAAUUCAGCCUUCGGUUGACAGUCGCCUUGACUGUCCUGUCCGCGAACGGUUCUGGACUGUCGUAGCUCGAAUAUCACGGAGAAAUAUCCUUCCAUACCACGGUGUACUAGUGGUGACUGCGGUGGCAAUUACGGCGCCAUUCUCAGGGUUUCUCCUCAUUAAGAAUAGCGAGUGUGUCAAUCCGACUCAGACGAUCAGCAGCACUCUACAAUAAUGGUGUGCACAGGCUUUUCGCCCGGAGUUUGGCGAUCAGCCUGGCGUGACCUGGAAUCCCACCUUGAUAGUCCUCAGAUCCCGGUCUGAUGACCGACGAGAUCCUGACGAUCGAGGCCGGAACGGAUGGACGCCAUUCGUAUGGGUGAUUUCCCAUGUCCACUCCGGCAAAGCAAACUUGGAGUGCCAAUGGAGUAUCGCCGCGGCGAGAAACCUCGCUAGCCUGGAAGUUGUUCGUACAGAGGACAGGGAUACAAGGGCUUCAGUUCGACCUGGUGCAACCUGCAGGGUCGAUCCUCUCUGGAUUGCUGUAGAUCCGAGCCUCCUUGUUCUGUUUCCUGUGGAUGGCAGCUGUGCCCGCACCCAACCAAGUCUCGCGAUGACCGUGGGACUUGCCGCACACCUAUCGGUGAUCUUCCUUUUCCGGCCUCUAUCGGAACACCUCCAACUAGUGUCCACUUCUAAUCUGAGCGUCAUGAUGCAGCCUCCAGGAGGUCUCCAGAAUCAGGUCAAACCCUAAUUAGCACAACCACUUCCUGGAAGUUCCCAGCUUUCUGGAACAAUGACCUCCUUUGGCUCUCGCCUCUUGCAACCUAGUCCAUGCUGUGAGAAGGUACGGCUUGUGGAAAACUACAUGGUCCGACGGAUCAGCUACGCGGUGCAGACGAGACGCAGACAUUCUGGAUGCGGCCUCAUACCCCGGUUAUGCCUUGCCGAGCCGGAUCGCAAUUCACCAGGCUAAGACUGCCUUUAUUUUGCCGACUCGACUUGCCUCUUUGAUGGCCAUCUUCAGCAUUCAAUAAUGUGCAUGACAAGCAAGGGGGCACACAUUACGGGCUUUGCCGUCGCACUAAUCUCGACAGCCGGCUAUGUGCCACCUCUAAGCUCGCCAGAAGCAUAGCUAAGAACCAUUCCGGGAAGUUGUUGGAGUGGAGCGCAGUCGAGCGAUAUAUUUCAGUAAUUUCCGGUGUCCUUCUUCCUUCUCUAUGACUGCGACGUUUUGCUGCUGCGGCUUCUAGCCUCGAUGGCGACGUAACAAAUUCCUGGGAGGUAAACAGUGGGGUUUGGUUUGCACGGCCGGGAAGCCGGUGCAAUCGUAUCCACUCGCUAUUCUGUUUCCAUCACGUUGCCCCGAAGCGUAGACAAAACGGAUGGUUCAAGGCGGCGUCUAACUCUCUCUGGAUUUCACAUGAUCCUCUAGGUGAUCGACAAAUAAUGUAUACGAAACGGGUCAAAAAUUUGACGCAACUUGAAAUAUAGGACAUCCCAAGGCAUCUUUUUGAUAGCCGUCCAGCCAGUCAACCAGGCAAUGGUCUGACGGCGAUCAACCGCGCCGCGUCUGGGCAUCUAGGAGCAAUUCGAUGGGAGACGGCGCGCCAUGCUUCAACAUCGACGUGUUGAGGACGCUCCAACUUCAAGUGUCGUGGUCUUGCUUCCCCGGUCCCGUUUUAGCAGCAAUGAAGCCGAAUUAGGAGACUUCGACGGAGAGGACAAUAGCGGCGUGGAGAACUUCGCAUACACUGAAGCUAAGGCGAGCGCUACUGGCCCAUCCAGGGGUUGUGGCCGACUGGUAAGAGGAAUCCUGAGAAGCUCUGAAAUCCUUGUUGUCGGCUCCAGGGUCGAAGUGGAUCGUACAAUUUGGCCCUUCAGAUGCUACCCUUGCCUAGUUUUCCGGACGGAAAGUAGUACUAGUAGUGAAGCUUCAACCAUACGGGGAAUUCCUACUAGCCUUCCUCCCCCUAGUCAACACCAAAGGGGCAACGAUACGGUGCCAGGAACCAGUGCUUGGUCGGUGCAAUGUUAUCCACCCAACGAAAAGAAAGAUUGGCACUGUCUGCGAAUAUCCAAAAUGGUGCCAUGCUGCACAGUGCUGGGCGCUGAGAACACUGUGGCAAGCAGUAAGGUGGAUCUCAAGGGCGAGCAAACCCAGAGACGUAUGUCGUAUUGGAGAGGUGAUGGAGCGCCGCCCACAUGGAGAACAGACCAGCAGAUCGCCUUUCAGAAAACGGCCGCUGGGUUGUACAACGUUGUAGGUGUCAGCCAGCCGUGGGAACUUUCUGACAGGCCACCUUUCCUUCCCCGGCCCGCUAAACAGCGCCUCGGAUUGCCGUUCACCAAGCCAAGACACCAGGAUCAUCCUCGGUCCGUCCUAUCCACAACCAACAGCGAGAUGAUUGGAGCCACUGUGGAAAUCAAAAACGAACUCAUAGAGGGGCCCAGCGCUCCGAAAAG